AUGGCGAAUGCAAGAACACUGAGGGAGUUGGCUGCUCCGGAAUUGCCCCAGCAGCCGUUGUGCAUUACAUUUCCAACUCUAGCUGAAAAUAUCUCAUUCAAAUUGAAGUCAGGAUUAAUUCACCUCCUACCCACGUUCCAUGGCCUCUCAGGUGAAGAACCCCAUAAACACAUCCAGAAGUUUGAUGUGGUAUGCUCCAGUAUGAAGCUUCCAAGAAUUACUGAGGAGCAGAUCAAACUCAGGGCCUUUCCUUUCUCCCUUAAGGAUGCAGCAAAGGAUUGGUUAUACUACGUACCUACAGGUAGUAUUACAACAUGGGCCCAACUUAAGAAGAAAUUUUUGAAAAAAUUCUUCCCUGCAUCCCAAGCUGUAAGUCUAAGAAAAGAGAUAUGCAGCAUUAAGCAGUAUCCUGGAGAAUCCCUAUACGACUAUUGGGAAAAGUUCAAUAAGUUGUGCACUAGAUGCCCACAGCAUCAAAUUAGUGAACAACUAUUGAUCCAAUAUUUCUAUGAGGGCCUCCAGUCGUCUGAUAGAAGUAUCAUUGAUGCUGCAAGUGGGGGAGCAUUAGCGAACAAGACACCAAGGGAAGCAUGGCUACUCAUUGAGUCAAUGGCACAGAAUUCUCAACAGUUUGGCUUCUGUGAGAGUAACCCUACUCGUAGGAUUAAUGAGGUAGAGAAGCCGUCCAUUCAGCAGCAGCUAUCGGAGCUAAUUUUUUUCGUUCGACAAUUAGCUGUGGGAAACAUGCAUCAAGCAAAGGUCUGUGGAAUCUGCACAAAUGUGGGUCAUCCUACUGACUCCUGCCCUAUGUUGCAAGAGAAUGAGGCUGAACAAGUGAACAUGGCCGAAGGCGUGCCCACGCCUCGUAGGCCGUACGAUCCGUACUCCAACACGUACAAUCCGGGUUGGAGAGAUCACCCCAAUUUCAGCUAUGGUAACAAGCCACAAAAUGCAUUUUCAAAUCUUCCACCAGGGUUUCAACAAUAG